AUGCCUCCGAAAAAGAAGACCAAGCGCACACACUCCCCUACACCCCCAGAUGACACCGCCGCGCUGUCAAGCGCAAACACCCCGUUAAGCGAUAGCGCCGAGAACCCAGACACAGAUUACGAUCUCAUCUCAGACCCCUGGACGGAUGAACAAGAAACAGCGCUUCUCAAGGCGAUCAUAAAAUGGAAGCCAGUAGGCCUACACAAACACUUUCGGAUGCUCGCGAUUUCAGAGUACUUGAAGAGCCAGGGGUACGCGCCUUCCACGGCAGAACAUAUGCGCAUUCCAGGAAUCUGGAAGAAACUCCGCUCGCUAUACAAUCUGGAAGCUCUUGACGAGCGGUCCAUCUCCCUAAUCGCGAUACGUUUAAAGGAAGACUCAAUAAUUACCGAUAUGAACGAGGAUGAGGACGGCCAGAGCGAGAUGUACUGCCCAUUCGAGCUUCCAUAUGACGAGUACGGCGAUAUGAUGUUUGAAAGGAGACUCGCGAUGGAAGAGUCUUUGUCGCCCGUCACUAGUCGUGCCAGUCGCGCGGGUGGAUCAAGGCGAGGAAGCACAGUCGCAGACACAGAUGAACCACGGUCUUCGCCUGCCCCUUCUCGAGGUCGAAAAUCAACCCGGAGUGCCCGUACCUCCACACGAGGAACACGAUCAACACGGCUACAAGCCGAGCUUGGUCCCGGAAGUCAGGGUAAAACAUCAGACGAAGGUGGUGAUUCGGCGGAAGACACUGGUGCGAAUGAGGAAGACGAAGAGGAAGGCGAAGAGGCCUCCGAGGCCAAUAGUGACGAAGAUGAAGGCGAGGGUGAGAAGGGUGGUCCGCGGAGUACGCGAGCGCAAACUUCUCGGUCCCGAGCCAAAGACAAAAAGCCUUCGACUAGCACCACGACGCGCAGGACUGCGCGACGGCGUUGA